UUGUCCUCCAAACGGGUGCGUCCAGGGCGGACAGUUUCCAGCUCUGCGUUUUUGCCUCCUUCCUCCUCCCUCCGCCCCGCCUGCUCUCCGCACUACAAGUACCCCAAGCCACCGCGCCACAAGUGGCCCAAGUUCUCCGCCGAACACCACGCGGAGUUUUCCACUCCCCUCAUCUCGGAUCUCGGCCGGUGACCGCGAGUGGGGCGCAGCUGCGCUCCUCGGCGGCGCCCAGGUGGACACGAUGAAGCGUAGCUUGAGGAAGCUGCUGAGAUCUGGGGAGACGGAGCCCCAGGGCGCAGUCUACCAGGGCGUUGACGACAGCAUGCCUGACUCCAAGGACUUUAAGGUGGUUUUUGAAGGAAAUGAAUGUAGAUUACAACACAUUAUCAAGAACCGAUGGAAAUUAAACAAAUAUGAGGAGGAAAAUGUCUCUGCUUUGCACCAUGCAGCAGGAGAGGGUCAGCUAGAACUGAUGAAGAUGAUUAUCAGCGGUUCUUCUUGUGAAGUGCUGAAUUUAAUGGACAAUUAUGGGAAUACCCCUAUGCACUGGGCUGCAGAAAACAACCAAGUUGAAAGUGUUAAGUUUCUUCUCAUCCAUGGAGCAAACCCAAACCUACGAAACAACAACAUGAUGGCACCUCUUCACAUAGCUGUGCAGGGCAUGCACAAUGAGAUGGCAAAGGUCUUGAUUGAACACAGCAGUACUAAUAUUAAUUUGGAAGGAGAAAAUGGAAACACAGCUGUGAUGAUCACAUGUACCAAAGAUAACAGUGAAAUCCUGGAAAUUUUGUUAAAAAAGGGAGCUAAACUGUGUAAGUCAAAUAAAUGGGGAGACUUUCCUGUUCACCAGGCUGCAUUUUCAGGUGCCAAAAAAUGCAUGGAAUUAAUAUUAAAGUUUGGUGAAGAAGAUGGGUACAGCCGCCAGUGUCACAUUAACUUUGUGAAUAACAAGCAAGUCAGCCCACUUCAUUUGGCAGUUCAAAGUGGCAAUUUAGAAAUGAUUAAAAUGUGUCUGGACAAUGGUGCUCACAUAGAGAAGAUAGAGAAUGGGAAGUGCAUGGCUCUGCAUUUUGCUGCAACCCAAGGAGCCACGGAGAUUGUUAAGCUGAUGCUAUCGUCCUAUUCUGGUAACAGCAAUAUUAUUAAUGCAGUCGAUGGAAAUCAUGAGACCCUGCUUCACAGGGCCUCACUAUUUGAUCACCAUGAACUAGCAGACUACUUAAUUUCAGUGGGGGCAGAUAUCAAUAUCACUGAUUCUGAAGGACGGACUCCACUUGUAUUAGCAACUGCCUCUGCAUCCUGGAAUAUUGUAAAUCUGCUACUAUCUAAAGGUGCCAGAGUAGACAUAAAAGAUUAUCUUGGACGUAAUUUUUUACACUUUACUGUGCAGCAACCAUAUGGAUUAAAAAAUUUGCGACCUGAAUUUAUGCAGAUGCAAGAGAUCAAGGCGCUGGUAAUGGAUGAAGACAAUGAUGGCUGCACUCCUUUGCAUUACGCAUGCAAACAGGGAGUCCAUGUCUCUGUAAAUAACCUACUUGGUUUUAAUGUGUCCAUUUAUUCCAAAAGCAAAGAUAAGAAAUCACCCCUGCAUUUUGCAGCCAGUUAUGGGCGUAUCAAUACCUGUCAGAGGCUCCUACAAGACAUAAGUGACACAAGGCUCUUAAAUGAAGGGGACCUUCAUGGGAUGACUCCACUCCAUCUGGCAGCAAAAAAUGGCCAUGAUAAAGUAGUUCAGCUUCUUCUGAAAAAAGGUGCAUUAUUUCUCAGUGACCACAAUGGCUGGACUGCUCUGCACCAUGCUUCCAUGGGAGGGUACACUCAGACAAUGAAGGUCAUUCUGGAUACUAAUAUGAAGUGUACAGAUCGGCUCGAUGAAGAAGGGAACACUGCUCUCCACUUCGCUGCAAGAGAAGGGCACGCCAAAGCUGUUGCACUUCUUCUGAAUCACGAUGCGGACAUAGUUUUGAACAAGCAGCAGGCCUCCUUUCUGCACAUUGCGCUCCACAAUAAGAGGAAGGAGGUGGUCAUUACCACCAUCAGGAACAAAAGAUGGGAUGAAUGUCUUAAGGUUUUUACUCAUUGUUCUCCAAGUAAUAGAUGUCCAAUCACGGAAAUGAUAGAAUACCUCCCUGAAUGCAUGAAAAUUCUUUUAGAUUUCUGCAUGAUACCUUCCACAGAGGACAAAUCCUGCCAAGACUACCAUAUUGAAUACAAUUUCAGAUAUCUUCAGUGCCCUUUGCAAUUCACCAGAAAAUUACCAGCUGAACAAGAAGUUCAUUAUGAGCCUCUUUCAACACUCAAUGUCAUGGUACAGCAUAAUCGCAUAGAGCUUCUCAAUCAUCCUGUGUGUAAGGAAUAUUUACUUAUGAAAUGGUGUGCCUAUGGAUUUAGAGCCCACAUGAUGAAUCUAGGAUCUUACUGUCUUGGUCUCAUACCCAUGACCCUUCUUGUCAUUAAUAUAAAGCCAGGAACAGCUUUCAACUCAACUGGAAUCAUCAAUGAAACUCAUAAUCAAACAGACACGACGAAUUCAUAUCCAAUUAAAGUUUGUAUGAUCUUGGUUUUUUUAUCAAGUAUAUUUGGCUAUUGCAAAGAAGUGAUACAAAUUUUCCAACAGAAAAGGAACUACUUUUUAGAUUAUAACAAUGCUUUGGAAUGGGUUAUCUACACGAAAAGCAUCAUUUUUGUGCUGCCCUUGUUUGUCAGCAUACCAGCGUACGUGCAAUGGCAAUGUGGAGCAAUUGCGAUAUUCUUGUAUUGGAUGAACUUCUUAAUGUAUCUUCAAAGGUUUGAAAAUUGGGGAAUUUUCAUUGUUAUGCUGGAGGUAAUUUUCAGAACUUUGUUGAGGUCUACGGGAGUAUUUAUUUUCCUUCUUUUGGCUUUUGGACUUAGCUUUUAUGUCCUUCUAAAUGCACAGGAUGCCUUUAGGUCACCAUUGCUUUCCUUAGUCCAGACCUUCACCAUGAUGCUAGGAGAUGUCAAUUAUCGAGACACAUACCUUCAACCCUUUUUGAAAAAUGAAUUGACAUAUCCAGUUCUGUCUUUUGUACAACUUAUCGCCUUUACAAUGUUUGUCCCAAUAGUCCUAAUGAAUUUACUUAUUGGUUUAGCAGUUGGUGACAUUGCUGAGGUCCAGAAACAUGCAUCAUUGAAAAGGAUUGCUAUGCAAGUAGAACUUCAUACCAGUUUAGAAAAAAAGCUGCCCAUUUGGUUCUUACGCAGAGUGGAUCAGAAGUCCACCAUCGUGUAUCCCAACAGACCUAGAUAUGGACCAGUGUUACGUUUAUUUCAUUAUUUUUUUGGUGUCCAAGAAACAAGACAAGAAUUGCCAAAUACUGAUACAUGUUUAGAAUUAGAAAUGUUGAAACAGAAAUACCGGCUGAAAGACCUCACUUCACUCUUAGAAAAGCAGCAUGAACUUAUUAAACUCAUCAUUCAGAAGAUGGAGAUCAUCUCUGAGACCGAGGAUGAAGAUAACCACUCUUCUUUUCAAGACAGGUUCAAAAAAGAGCGGCUGGAACAAAUGAACAGCAAAUGGAAUUUUGUUUUAAGAGCAGUUAAGACAAAGCCACACUAAGGAUUAGCCACCUAGACCUUCAUGGGCUCUCUAGGAGUGAAAGGCUACGUGACUUAUCACAUCUGAUUUUAAUUUGGCAAGAGCGAGAAGCAGAAAUCUGAUUGAUAUCAUUACAUAGAAAACUGCAGUUCCCGCAUUCUGUGUCAAAGUAAACUAUUUCUAAUUAUCCAUAUUUUGUGGCAAUCCCUGUCUGUUGAGAAUAUAUUUACUGAAAUGUUCAAGUUUGACUUCAAUGACAAAUAAUCAUAUUAUUUGAAUGGGUAGCAAACAUAUUUUCUACAACACACACUUUUAAGGACAAAGAGUAUUAUAGUUAUUUAGCUAGAAUGCAAAAGUCAACCCUGUAUUCUCACCUGAUAAUUGUAUAACAUUAGGUGCUUUAGAUAAUAGUCUCAACUAUUAGGUUUAGUGCUAUCAUUUGGAAAACUUUUAAUGUGACAGAAGUACGUGUAGGUGGUGUCCAGGGUACACCGUCUGUUCCUGCUGUGAUAACUGGCCAACUCUUCUUGCUGAUCCCAGCACACCCGAUGUCCCUUCGAACCAUAGAGAUGAAGUCCUAAUAUUGAGGGCAUGCAUGAAUUCACUACAGGUGAUAUGUGUUAAUUCUGUAUUUUUUUGGUUUCAAUGAUUGUAAUAAAUAAAAUCUAAAUAGUGA